AUGUCAAAACGUAAAAAUAAUCCUAUAUUAGAUAUGUUAUUAGCAGGAGGUAUUCUGCUAGAAAUCACCCAGUCAAGUUUUUUAAUUACAUUAGUUGUCCUUGAUGAGGCUUUAGGUGCAGUCAAUAACUUAAGCAAAGUCUUACAAAAAGAAAAUUUACAGCUAUCAUCAUUACCAGUUUUGAUUUCUUCUUCGAUUGGUCAUCUUAAAAAUAUUUCGGAUCAGUGUUCAUCAAUUGACGAAAAUAAUUCAAUUCAUACAUGUAUAAAUACAUUAAAAAAAUAUGUAUGUAGUUCACGACAAAUAGUUGAAAAUGAAAAUAAAAUGAAAAGUCUAAAAGCAGCUAAACAAUUUGUUGAUACAAUGAUAGAACAAAUGCAAUUACGUUUUAAUGAAAAAUCACUGGAAAUAAUUAAAUUAAGUGCUUUAUUUGAAUCAUUUGAAUCUUUAAUUAAAAUCGUUGAAGAAGAUAUAUUGAAAAUUUGUUUAUAUUUUCCUAGUCUUGAACCAACCAAUGUUUGGAUAGACUUGAAUUCAUUUAAGUAUGUUGCAAAUAGUUUGAUAGAAGAAAAUGUAAAAAAUCCACUGUCAUAUAUUUAUAAAGCAAAUAUUGGGUAUGCAAAUUUGAAAAAACUGGCUGAAUGUUUAAUGUGUGUACCAGUUUCAACGGCCACUGCGGAGCGCUCUUUCAGUACGAUGAAUAGGAUUAUGAACAAAAUAAGAAAUCGAAUGGGACAAGAAACUUUGCAAUCCUGCAUGAAAAUUAGCACAGAAGUGCCCUCAGAACUCGAUGAAGAUACUGUGAAUGAGGUAAUUUAUUUGUACGCACGUCAAAAACAGCGCCGGAUUCGUUUAAUUUAA